UGGAUCCAGGACCUGCAGAAGCUCAAUGCGGUAACAAUCAGGGACGCAGGCUCACUUCCACAGACUGACUUGUUGGCAGAAUCUCAUGCGGGGCGGAGUAUUUACUCCCUGGUAUGAUCAGUUGCCGCUCGAUGUGAGGGAUAGACCGUAUACCGCAAUGCACAUCCCCGUAGGGCAGCUGCAGAUGCAAGUGACCCCUAUGGGUUUUACAAAUGCAGUAGCAGAGGUGCAGAGAAUGAUGCUCGUCGUCGCAGGGGAUAUGUUUCCGGAAAAGUGUGAACCGUAUAUAGAUGAUAAUCCCGUAAAAAGCGCAAGGUAUAAGGACGAGACAGAGGUUGAGCAGGGCAUACGAAAGUUUGUUUGGGACCACCUGCGGGAUAUUAAGGACCUACUACAACGCUUCCUCGUUUAUAAUAUUACUGCAAGCGGUCCCAAGAGCAUCUUGGUCGUCCCGGAAGUAACCAUACUGGGAUUUCGUUGCGGAGCUUAUGGGAGGAGACCCGACCCAACAAAGAUGGACAAGAUCUCCCAGUGGCCGACACCCCUGCGUACCACGACGGAAGUACGGGCCUUCCUAGGGGUGGUUGGGUUCUGGAGGAUCUUCAUCAAAGGAUUCGCAAAGAUAGCAGAGCCUAUCCGCGCAAUGAUUAGGGAAGGCGACACUAUGGAUUGGAUCGAGGAUAGGGAAGCGGCAGCCCAGACCCUGGAAGACAUUCUGUCAUCCGAUCAGGUCACUCUAGCAGCAUCCUGUUUCAAUGACGAGGUAGGACGCCCUUUCAUCUUAGAAACAGAUGGGGGACCACUGGCAGUUGGAGGAGUGUUGAUACAGAGAAGCGAGGAGGGCAAAGAAAGACCAAUCAGAUUUGAAAGUAGAACCCUGAAUUCAGCAGAACGACGGUAUUCGCAGUUUAAGAAAGAGGUCUUAACAAUCUUACAUUGUCUUAAGACCUUUCAGGCACACCUGUUCGGAAGGCGAUUUAUCCUAAGGAUCGAUCCCACCAACGUGGUCGGAGCCCUAAAAAACUACAAGCCUAUAGAUCCGGCCGUUGGCAGAUGGAUAGGCUUCAUAUGGCAAUUUGACUAUAAGGUCAAGCGAAUUGCAGGACUUCAAAAUAGGGCAGAUGGGCUGAGCAGGGUUUGUAUCACGCCAGAAGGAGUAGAGGGCGCAGAACCAAUUGACGCCUUCCUGGAGUAUGAAGGAGGGACCCUUGUCGUGGAUAAUGAGAUGGCAGAUCCGACAAUUACAACAGGACAGUUGCUGAUUCAGACCCUGGAAAAGGGCGCACCUGCAGUAGUUGCAGAACUCAGGGAAGGACCAGUCACCACGGUCAGGCGUAAAGAGGAAAAAGACUCGUGGGGAGCAGAAGUAGGGGCCAGAGAGGAAUUGAUGGCAAUGACCGUGGAAGGGGGACGGGACGCCGUAAUGACAUUGGCCGAAUUCUGGGCGCAGAAGGAGUGUCUGUACUUAGUCAACCUCACUCGGGAGGAGCAGGGUGCGGAUCAGAACGAACAGGAAUUCUUCCUCAUAUAAAUGUCUCAUACAAAUGUAUGAGGGCGUUUUCAAAGAAAUCGGUUUGCUGCUUGUCGGGAACAAACAACCCACGGAAGU